AUGUUUGGCGUGGGUCGCCGGCGCGUGACCUUGGCGCUGCUGCUGGCAUGCUCGGCGUCCUGGCUGCUGCUUGGCCACCUCCCGCCACUGCUCCGCGCCGACCUCCCGUCCGAUGGCUGCACCGACGCCGCUAGUAAGGCGAUCCUGCGCCACCUGUGUGCUGACUUUGCGGCAGGCUCGGCGACGGGCAACUUGUGCGCCGACCUAUGCGUUCGCGGUCUAGUGGAGUACAAGCGUUGCCUCCACUACCGCAGCGGCAAGAAGGUGAUGGAGGUCCACUGGAGGGGACGGCCCGUCAUCCUCAAGUCCAAGCUGGAGAACCUGUCCUCCUACCAGCCCCUCGGAGUUCUCGGCUACCGGCAGGAUACCACAGAGGACACGUCUCCUAUGGACGUCCUCCUCUCCGCCACGAUGGCGGUGCGUAGCUGGCUGGGUCUGGCCGAGCAGCAGGAGGAGGACGAUGACAACAAAGGAGAGGAAGGAGCCAGUUCUCUGGUCAAUCUGCGCUCCGCUGACAAGAGUUACUCCAGAGGCGAGCUAACGUCCUUGUGGUCGCUACUGCAGCAGGACGAGUACACCUUCCUUAGAGUUCUGCAGGACCUGAGCGCGCAUGUGUCCAAGGUGUUGGGCUCAUGUGGGCACUUCUACGCCGUGGAGUCGCUGUCAGCCGGCCACGCCUGGGACCAGAACAUCUUCUCCCUGGAUCAGGAACUGGCGGCGGGGUUCAGCGGCCCGGACCGGAGGGGGAUGUGGGCUGUUCACCACAAGGUCCACCGCAUUGCGCUCAGCUUCCUGGACAUGGUGCAACACUUUGACCGCGACUUCACGCACAAAGUCCAUUUGUGUGACGUCAAGCCCGAGAACUUUGCCAUCAGGAAGGAUCUUACAGUAGUGGCCAUUGAUGUGGACAUGGCCUUCUUCCAGCCCAAGAUGGAGGAGAUCCUGGACCACAAGUGCAGCGCAGACGAUGACUGCGGUUUCUUCGACUGCAUGUCGUUGUGCGACCUCGGUACGCGACGCUGCCGCCGACAGCGCAUCAACACCAACCUGCAGGUAAUCUGCCAGAAGAUCUUCAGGCUGUGGUUUUCUCCCACGUUGCUCGGCGCCAAAGCGGGGCUCCCCCUACAGGUGGAGCUGCAGAGGGCGGUGCAAAAAUGCUCUGAGUCAGGUGACGCGGACAAACGAGGGAGAGGAGCAGGGCGGGAUGCCCAUGGGCGCCUCCUCAAUGUCCUGAGUCGCCUCCUUCACGAGGGAGGCGUGCCUGACAAAUGACGGGAGGAUAGCAAAAACCAUACAAAACAUACAAAAACGGCAGCAAGGACCCCAGAGAACUCUUAAAGAAAGACUUUGAACUUUUGACACCUGGAAUGAUGUUUUACUUGCUGGUGGAAACUGCUUGACUGCAUGCAGAGUACAAUAAGCAUCGAUGAGUCACAUUGUGUUUCACACUGCAUCAAACUCUUAAAAAAACUUUAACACAG